AUGACAGAUAUGACUAAGUUUACUCACAAUGAGCUAGGUGAAAUUGAAGUUUUGUCAGAUUUGCAUCAUAUUUACUUAAAGCCAAUAUGCAAAGUUCAUAUAACCGUUCAAAUUUCUGGUUUAAGUUCUCUUGGUACUCAGAGCAAGUCCUUGUCUACAUGGGAGGUUUCCGAGAAGGUUCGUCAGCUUUCUCCAGCUCAACUUUCUCCUUCUGUCACCAUGAAAGUUACAGGUGUUACGGUCGACUUUGUAAGAUUUCUUGUCGAACUCAAGUCUCGAGCAGAUGUCAAGAGAGUCGUCAAAGCUGCUGAUAGCCAGUGCAUUAAAUUGCGGGGAUUUCCCCAAACUCUUCGAGUUCGUACUUGUGAGGCUCCUAUUGAUUGUCCACGAAAACAUGAUUGGGAUGCCUUCUUUAGAGAUUCAAAGAAUAUGAACGAACUUAUUCCAGGUGAACGACCUGAUACAAUUGUACUUUCAAAGCUCCCAGUUCGUUGGUUUUCUUCAAAUAAUUCCUCCAAAUUUCAACCAGAUCCGAAGAUCUUGUUGGAAGUCUUUCAAGCCUUUGGAAAAGUUAGGCGAGUUGAUGUCCCAAUAUUAGACCCCUGUCAGAAUCACCGUCUUCUAGAAGACAUGGGCCUAACUCUAGACGACGUUAAAGACAUUCUCUCCGAUUUUCACACUUCUGUUACUGCGGAAGAUAAUCCCAUUUUAUAUCAGAGCAGCAGUCACAACGGAUUUGGCAAAAUGGCUCCUUCAACAAUUAAACAAUUGCUAUAUGAAGAGGAGUCAUCGAGUUCUAUUGACUCAACUCAUCCUCUGACUUUCACAGCUUACAUUCAGUUUGUGGAUUAUUCCGGCUUUACUGCAGCUAUGGAAGCCCUUAGAGGAAAGAAAUUGAUCUACGCUCCUGGUGAUACAAAUAAAACGCAAUCUGCAAAUUUUUACUCCGCUGAAAUAAAGGUUGACUUCGACCGCACCAAACACCUCUCUGACGCCUCCAUUCGUCGUCGGCGUGCUGCCCAAGUUCUACUCGAAUCCGCUUCUCGCAAAAAAGCCGAAGCCAUGGCACUAGCCGCUGUAGAAGCCGCACGGCGUGAAGCCGAGCUCGAAGCAGCGCGUUUAGCUGAAGAGGAACGAGCCCGUGCUGAAGAAGAAGCUGCUCUAAAGCGGGCGGAGGAAGAGGCUAGAAUACGUGCUGCUAAGAAGCGAUUGAGACGUGAAGAAAAACGACGUCGAGCUGAAGAGGAGCGACGAAUGAGAGAAGCGGAAGAGAAAAGGCGGAUUCUGCACAAGCGACUGAAGCGCGAAAUGGCUAAACUGAAUGCCAGGAAAGUGAAAGAGAAGUCGAGGGAAAGAAAACAUCACAAGAUUAUCAUUCUAACUAAAUAUUACUACCACCUGCAGCGUCGGCAUCAUCAUUGUCAUCACAUUCGUCAUGAGAAGUCAAAAGGAAAUGAAAGUGAUUACUAUUCGGAGGCAAACAGUAUCAAGACUCAUGGCAGUAUAGCAAUUCAAACGUCUCCGGACAAGUUGUUGCCGCUGCCUUCCCCUCCUUCCGCAAUCAACGCAAGUUUUCUGACUACUUAUUUUAGAGAGCAGUCGAAGGACAGUGAUGAAUCUUUACCUCCGUUUGAAUUCAAAUCCCUUUCUCCCGAAAAAGAAAGUUCACCUCUCCACAUUCAGCUCACGCCAUCAAGAAUCAAUCGAAGGUCAAGAUCAAGUUCGAGUCCAGAAUCUCGUGAUCGAUCUCCAUUGAACUCAGAGGAAGAGACUUUGCGAAAAAAAUUGAUUGCCAAGCGAGAAGCUCGGUUGCGCGCCCAGAUAUUGGCGGUAAAUUGA